AUGGUCGAUUCAGAUAGUUCAUCUGGUGCUGAUGAAAACUCAUUUUUCCAUUAUUUUACUUCAUUCGGUAUUCAUAUUUUAUUCAUUGUUAUUGUUAUAGUUCUCAAAUGGCAAUAUGAUCGUAAUCGGUAUCGUUAUCCAAAGGGACCACGUGAUUGGCGAAAUAUAAAAGAUGCUAUAUCGUUUCAUCGAAAAAAACGUGACAACUUAUUGGUUUUAGCAACUGAUUAUCCUGACUCGUGCACUGUUUUGACUCAUACGGGUCGUUUAGUUCUAUUGAAUAAUGCUGAACUUAUUAAUGAAAUAUUUGUUGGACGUGCUGAUUUGGUUAGUAAUAAAGUGGAUAGUUAUUUAGAAAAUCAAUUACGAUAUAAAGAAGGCAAACAUAUUCGUACAGGUAUUGUAUUCCGUCAUCAAGAUCAUAAUGCUCGAAUAAUUCAUAAAGCACUUGUGAAUUUUAUGGAUAAUGAUUUUGUUUAUAAACGUCUGGAUUCUGUGGUACAAGAGCAAUUACAAAAUUUACGUCUUUCCAAUAAAUUUGAUGUUCGUCGUACAACAUUUAGUUUUGCUGUUCGUCUUCUUACAUCGCUUUCAGGUUCAUCAGCUUCUAAAGCAAUGAAUGAUAAAGCCUUUGAAUUAUUUGAACAAAAUUUAUAUAAAAUUUCAAAAGCAAUUCACGAAGAUACAUUUCAAAAAUCCGCUAAAGUUAUUCUUACGAAAUUAACUGGCCAAUCAGAAACAUUGGAUAUCAAUGAAAAUAUCUUAGAUUAUAUAAAAACAUGGACUCAACAACGAUCUAAUCGUGCAAAAAAUACAACUGACGAAAACAUUGUAACAUCAACAACAAAAACAUCGCAUGAUUUUCUUGAUUCAAUUUUAAAUGCUAUCGAUGAAUCAUCACCACGUUUAGAUGACGAUGACGUUUCUGCUUGUAUACUGGAUAUAAUUAUGCAUGGCAGUGAAAUGCUUAAAGGUGCAAUAUCAUGGUUUUUACUUUACGUUGUUAUAUAUCCUGAAGAAGCGAAUUCGUGUAGACGCGAAGUUCGAGAUAAAGGUUAUUCAAAAUUUGAACUCUCAUCAGCUGAAUCUCUUGUUCAUACGCAAGCAUUUGUUAAAGAAGUUUUACGUUUAUCGCCUAUUAUACCUAUUGUUAUUCAUUCGACAUUACAAGAUUUUAAAUGGCGUCAUUAUCAUAUACAAAAGCGUACUCAGUUUGGUGCUAAUAUUGUUGCUUUACAUCAAUUGCCCACAUGGAGAGACGCAGCAAAAUUUGAUAUAAAUCGUUGGAUCGGAAAUAAUUCAUCAACUAUACCAAUUCAAUCUUAUUCACCAUUUGGUUUUGGUCCACGUUCUUGUGUUGCUGAAAAGUUUUUAUUUAAUUUAUUGACUGGCAUUCUUGGUGUACUUCUGUUUCAUAACGAUUUCGAAAAAACUGGCCCUGUACCUGAACCAAGUGAAGGUACAUUUGGUUUAGCAAAUAUACCACCAAAAUUUUCACUUAAAGCUACCUCACUUAUCCAUCGUUCAUAG